AUGGCGUCAUUCGUGGUUCCGUUGCAGGUUGAGUACGUAAGUGAUGUCAUUUUGACUCGUCAGGAUGAGACGCCGACGGAGUUUGCGCCAAGGCCGGACUCCGCCAGAGAAUCGGCUGCUAACUCUGGAACUGGUGGCGUUAUGAAUGGGGAAUCGGCUGCAUUGAACAUUCCAAGACCUAAGGUAUGCCAUUUCUACAAUUGCCACGGAAAGCCCUUCGAAUAG